GUGCUAAGGGCAAAAGUUCCUGACUGACACCACUAAUUCUUUUACAACUUUGAUUGUAAAAAAAACAUUAAGAGAUGGUGGAGCCAGUUAUCAACUUGUACAAGCAGUGGGCAUUGAUCAUAUCCUGCCACAUCAAGUGGUUUAAAAUCCAUGAGCGUUCAGCCGAGUACUCCUCAGUCAUUGUCAAGUGGUCACUGUCUUCUGUUUCCUGCUGCCAUCCUUAUAUAGCCGCGCUGCCUUCUGUGACGUCAAUGGUACAUGCUCCGGCACCAUAUAUGACUGCCGACAUGUCAUCUAUUAUUGGCACUCCAGAAGAACUGUUAAAAAUCUCUCCAAAAUUCACUGAAAAUAUUCUUAUUGAUAUAUUGAAAGAAAUUUCUGGUCACAGUGAAGUAAAACUUGGUCAGUAUACACUGUUUCGAAGGGAUGCCUGUGGAGAUAGUUAUCUCAGUACUAUCACACGUUUAGCAGUUCAAGGUUCAGAUGUUGUUAGUAAGAAACAAUAUUCUAUUGCACUGAUUGUUAAAAGCUUGCCUCAUAACAUUGGACGUAGGAAAACAUUCAGGUCAUGUGAGUUUUUUCAAAAUGAGACAGCUUUCUAUGAGAAGGUUAUGGCAAAGCUGCUGGAAUUUCAGAAGAGGAAGAAUCCAGAGAAACCAUUUCUUGAAGUUCCAAGGUGUUUCAAGGCUGUUGCAGAUGGUGAAAAUGAUUUCAUUGUGAUGGAGGAUGUAAGCCCAACUGGGUUCAAAUCAGCUUCUCGAACAGAAAGUCUUGAUUUUGAACAUUGUGCCAGUGUUUUGAGAUGUUUGGGAAGAUUUCAUGGCCUGUCAUUGGCAAUGAAAGACCAGGAGCCAGAAGAAUUUAAAAAAGCUGCCAGUUGUUUAAAGGAGACAUACUACAGUGAAGAUCAGCGAGAAUGGUACAGAAAUAUGAUGAAACGAAUUUGCAAUAUUACUAUAGAUGCAAUGGAGCAAGAAUAUCCUAACAGCUCAUAUGAAAAAAAAGCGAAAGAAUUCUGUAAUGAGGGACUGUUUGAUGUACAAAUGGACCUUGUGAAGCCAAGAGAGCCUUAUUCUGUUAUUACAAAUGGAGAUGCAUGGAUUUGCAAUUUCUUGUUUCUGUACAAAGAUGCUGAUGGAAAAAAAAUCCAGGAUACCCGAAUGAUUGACUUUCAGUUAGCUCGCUAUGCAUCUCCUGUUUGUGACAUGUCAUUUUUCUUAUACAGCUGUACAACUAAGGAGUUCAGAGAAGCGUAUUUGUCUGAUUUGGUUCAGAUUUACUACAAAAGUAUGUCAGACUUAGUAUCUGAUCUAGGCUCUGAUCCCAAUGCAGUAUUUCCUUACAAAGCUCUAGAGAGUGAAAUGAAAGCUGUAAGCAGAUAUGGAUUUAUAAUGUCUCUAGAGUCUGUGCCAUUCUCAGAAAUUGAUGAAAAAGAUGCACCCAACAUAGAUUUAAUUGAAGGAGAUGAUGCAGUGCCACUGGAGAAAAUAUGGGUAUUGCCACCAAUGCAUAAGGAAGCCAGACAGAGAAUUGCCAACAAUGUAAUUUAUGCCAUUGAAAAUGACCAUAUUAGUUAGUUAUUUUGUGAAUGAGAAUGACAAUGAAAUUAAUAAAAUCUACAUUGAAAAUGAA